AUGAGCGCCACGAGGAUGGAGCGGGCGGGGAGGCGCGCUAAGGCGGGCUCGCUAAGCGGCUUGUCGGGCGGAGUGCCGAGCGGCGCGAGCGUUCGCCGACAACGCUCGCUCGAGUGGGGCGGCGACCGCUACAGCAGCAGCGACGACGACCGACCGCCCCAGCCGCCGCCGCUCGCCGACCGCGUGUUCGCGUCGCUGCUCGCUCAAGCCACCCAACAGUUUGAUGAUGAACAACGCCGCAUAUACGGGUCGCAAGGAGGAGAGGAACCUCCGCGCUACGUCAGCAGUCCGCAGCGGCAGGCCUCGCCCUUCCCUCUUGAGAGCACCAACCGGAGGUACUUCAGGAGGAACAGGAACUCCAAAGGCGAGGAGAUGUUUACCAACGAAGCAGGGGGCACACUCUCGCGUCGCCGGCGAGCGGACGACUUCACGCUCGACAACAACGCGCGAAACGCUCGCCAUUGCCUCAAUAAUGGCGCGCCCAACAACGGUGGUCAGACCAGCGAACGCGAGUGCGAGUCCCCGCCAGAGCCGGCUCCUCCCGAAGUACCUCCCAGAGGUCCCUCGCUGCACGUCACUCUACGACACCGGCCUGUGCCGUGCGACCAGCCCUCCGAGCCUGACCGCCUGUAUCUGUCUGAAGAAUUCGUGAUGUCAGAAGGCGGCGCAGGCACCUACCCAGCGCGCUCGCCCAUGUCCAGCUCCACCACCGGCCACUCCAGCUCAAGUCAUCACAGGUAA